UCUCACAUGAAACACUCUAGCAGUGGGCGUUUUUCAUCAUAAAGCUUUCAGCUAAAGUUACAGACAGUGAAGAUAAUGAUCACAGAAUUCAGUGAUGAGUGUAGCCAGGUGUUAGUAGACAUCUGCACAUUCUAAUUUCUGUUCUUCACACCCAGAGCUGGUUAUUUGAGAAUAUUCAUUGAUUUCCUUAUAUAUGAAUGUUCCAUUCUAGGAUCUGCUGUGAAAGUUGAGAAGAUGCGCAAGAUAGUUAAGAUAGCACGGGAAGCUUACUGUGUGGGGAAGUCAGACCUUCAGAUAAUGAGCAGGGUUGUUCCCAAAUGCAUCUUCAAAUUAGCCAUCAGUGGGAGCAGAAGAAGAUACUUCUCAGAAGCCCCGGGGGGGCCUUACAUUAGCAGCAUCCUGGGACUAUUCAGCAGUCGACAGCUCCCAGCAAUGCUCGAGGAAUAUGGACCACACCUGAGGUGGAAACACCACGGCUAAACAGAUUCACCUCACCUGGCUGAGUCUAGCCACCAAGAGUCAUGCCAGCCAAUGGGAAGAGAGGGAGUCAAAAGCCAAAGGCAGGUUUUCCUCUCACAUUGUUUACUGUGGGUCUAGAAUGCAUAAGAAACAAGGAAGGCAAGUACCAGAAACUAUCAAUCUUGCGCCUUCGUUUUGGCAAGGAUGCACCAAAAGGCAAAGCAUUUAAAUUUGCAGAGAUUUUGUAUCCAGCAUCUCCACUCUGUAAACCUUGGCAUUUCCCAAUUCUAAAUUAGAUCCCACUUUUUCCUUGUUUUUGAGGAUUUCCAUCUGGAGAAGUCCGAGCUCACAAUCCUAGAACACAAUGGCUGAAUCUUUCUUUUCUGACUUUGGCUUGCUGUGGUACCUGGAGGAGCUCAGAAAGGAAGAGUUCUGGAAAUUUAAGGAGCUCCUCAGGCAACAACCUCCGAGGUUUGAAUUCAAGCCAAUUCCCUGGAGCGAGGUAAAGAAAGCGUCAAGAGAAGACCUGGCAAAGCUGUUGGACAAGCAUUACCCAGGGAAAAAGGCAUGGGAGGUGACACUGAGCAUAUUUCUACAGAUGGAUCGGAGAGACCUCUGGAUGAAGGCUAAGGAGGAGAUUAGAAGUAUAAACCCAUACAAAAAGCACAUGAAGGAAAAAUUCCGUCUUAUCUGGAAAAACGAAGCUUGUCUGCAAGUCCCUGAGUGUUUCUACAAAGAGGUCACAAAUAAUGAAUUUGAAGAAUUGCAUGAUGCAUACAAUGCUGAGGAGUUUAGAGAGCGUUCACUCACUGUGGCCAUGCAAGGUCCUCGAGGAGUUGGGAAAACAACCUUUUUGAGAAGAGUAAUGUUGGAAUGGGCAGAAGGAAACUUCUGUAAAGACAGAUUCACAUUUGUUUUCUUCCUUGAUGCCUGUGGAUUGAACCAUGUUAAAGAGGCAAGCUUGGUGGAGCUCAUCUCCAGGGACUGGCCUGAGUGCUCAGAGCCAAUAGAAGACAUUUUUUCUCAGCCACAGAAAAUCCUGUUCAUCAUCGACGGCUUUGAGGAAUUGAAAUUUGAUUUGGAGCUUUACACUAACUUGUGCCAUGACUGGACGCAGCAGCAGCCAAUGCCAAUUGUCCUGAGCAGUUUGUUGCAGAAAAAAAUGCUCCCAGAGUCCUCUCUACUUAUCGCAUUAGGAACUGUGGGUAUGCAAAAAAAUCAUUUCUUGCUGAAGCAUCCAAAAUACAUACGUCUGGUGGGACUCUCCGAGCAUGAAAGGGAGCUGUAUUUCUCCCACUUCUUCUGCGAAAAGAAGAAAGUCUUGCAAGCCUUGAGUUUUGUGAGAGACAAUAGUCCUCUGUUUUCCAUUUGCCAAAGUCCCCUUCUGUGUUGGUUGAUCUGUACUUGCAUGAAUUCUCAGCUAGAGAGGGGAGAAGACUUUGAGAUAUCCUGGCAGACCACCACCUCUUUGUAUGCAUCCUUUUUUACAAACGUUUUCAAACCAAGAGGUGAGAAUUGUUCACCAAAGCAGAACAGAACCCGGCUGAAAGGCCUGUGCUCUUUGGCUGCAGAAGGGAUGUGGACUCAGACGUUUGUGUUUUGCCAAGGGGAUCUCAGGAGGAAUGGGGUAUCUGAGUCCGAUGCUUUAAUGUGGGCAGGCAUGAGCAUCCUUCUGAGGAGUGGUGACUGCUUUGCCUUCAUCCACAUGAGUGUCCAAGAGUUUUGUGCUGCCAUGUUCUAUUUGGUGAAACAACCCAAAGACAAUCCUAACCCAGUCAUUGGAAGUGUAACCCAGCUUGUAGCCACAGGAGUGUGUCAAGCCCAAGACCACUUGUCCCAGAUGGGGCUAUUCCUGUUUGGGUUUUCAAUGGAAAAAAUAACCAAAAUUCUGGAGACAUCCUUUGGUUUCCGAUUGUCACAAGAUAUAAAGCAGGAAAUAACCCGAUGCUUAAAAAGUUUAAGUCAAUGUGGACACGAUAAGGGAGAGGUAAAUUUCCAGGAAUUGUUUAAGUGUAUAUAUGAAACUCAGGACAAAGAAUUUAUGGCACAAGUAAUGGAUUUUUUCAAAGAAGUUGCCAUUUAUAUUAGUAAUACAAAGGAAUUGAUAAUAUCCUCAUUCUGCCUGGAACAGUGCCAUACUUUGCAGAAAUUUAGGCUGUGUGUAGAAAACAUCUUUUCGGAUGACUAUGAAUUCAUCUCAAGUCAUAACGAGAGACUCGGCUUGUGGCGGGACCUCUGCUCAGUGUUCAGCACCAGCAAGGACCUCCAGGUGUUGGAAUUGGACAACUGCAGCCUUGACGGUGCCUCCCUGGCAAUCCUUUGUAAAGCACUGGCACAGCCCACGUGUACACUCCAAAGGCUCGAGGUUCAUUUUGUCUCUAACCUGGGAAACAGUCCAGACUUCUUUAAGGCCAUUCUUCAUAACCCUCAUCUGAAACACCUGGCCCUUCAUGGCACGAGCCUCUCCCACAUUGCAGUCCAGCAGCUGUGUGAGACACUGAAACACCCAAUGUGCAACAUUGAACAGUUGACGUUGGGAAAAUGUGACAUCACAAGUGAGGCCUGUGAAGAGCUUGCCUCUGCGCUCGUCUGCAACAAGGUGAAGCAUCUCUUCUUGGUAGAAAAUCCCCUGAUGAAUGAAGGAGUGAUGUCACUGUGUGAAACCUUGAAGCAGCCAAACUGUGCCCUGGAGACCCUGGUGUUAAUGCACUGCUGUAUUACUUCCAUCUCCUGUAACUACAUCUCCCAGGUCCUUUUGUGCACCACGUCCCUCACCCUUCUUGAUCUGGGGUCCAAUUUCCUGGAAGAUAGCGGAAUGAGGACUCUAUGUGAGAGCUUGAAGCACCCAAACUGUAACAUACAGGAGCUGUGGCUGGUGGGUUGUUACCUCACUUCAGAUUGCUGUAAGUACAUUUCUUCUGUUCUUACUAGCAACGAAAAACUGAAGACCCUGAAACUUGGGAGUAAUGAAAUACAAGAUGAUGGCGUCAGACAGUUAUGUGAAGCUUUGAAGCACCCUAAUUGUAGACUGCAGAAUCUCGGGCUGGAAAGGUGUCGGCUCACCAGCGCCUGCUGUGAAGACCUGGCCUCUGCUCUCGCCAUCUGCAAAACGCUGAGGAACCUGAGUCUACACUGCAUUCCCUUGGACCGUGAUGGGGUUCUGGUGCUGUGUGAGGCCUUGGACCACCCAGACUGUCCCCUGCAGGUGCUUGGGCUGGACAGAUCUUCUUUUGAUGAGGAAACUCAGAUGCUGCUGACAGCUUUUGAAGAGAAAAAUCCGCAACUGAUCAUUUCACAUGACCCUUGGGUGGAUGAUGAAUGCAAGGUCAAGGAUGUGUUCUUUUGAUGGAAGGCCCUGGAGUCAUCCUCUCACAAGGGCUUCUCACUGGUCAUGAUAGGGCUUCUCAUUCCAGCACACCCUGCCCUGAGAUUACAGAUCACGGCAUUGGGGGUUGUGAUUUCAGGGCUACCCUUCACAGUGUUCUAGUAAUAUGAUUGGGGAAUGUGAUUCAGUGUUCAUCUGAGAUUUUCUUUUGCCCAAGUGUUCUGUCCUCUUAUCUUUAAGGAAUUCCCAUCCUACUUCACAAAGGCAUUUAGAAGAACAGAGAGAUACAUGUUAAGCACUUUGGAAAACAUGGCUUUUUAUUAGUGGAUGUAUUUGAAAUGAAGGUCCUUGGAUUGAAGAAACUAUGGUCCUCUGACACUUCUGAUUUGGAAGUGAUGCUAGAAUGCCUUUAGAUUGUAGUGCUAUCACUAGAUCUGAUAUUCACCCGAAUUUCCCAUUUCUAAUUUCACCAUCUAAAUUUAAGUUGAUCAGUUUUGUCUAAAAAAAGAAAAGUAUUCCCAAAGCUCUAUUUGUCCUUUAGUAAAUGCCUCUCCAGUAGAAUUUUUAAUUGACUAUCAUAUUUUUCAAAUGUAACUAAGCUACUUAAUUCAAUAUCAUUUUCAAAUGUACAUUAUAGUUCAUUACCAUAAUUAAUCACUCCUUGGU